AUGCCUCGUAAAGUUAACCGCGGAGUUGAUUACGAUGAAGCCUAUGAUAGUUAUGAUGAUUAUGACUAUGAAGAUGACAAUGAUUGUAGCGUAGAUAGCCCUGCAAAAGUUGAAGAGCCUCAGCAAAAAGUUAAAAAGCUUUGGAGUUGCUCUAUUUGUACAUAUGACAACGAGGAGGGCAUGUCUGUAUGUGAUAUUUGUGGUGUUAUUCGCAACCCCGUGGCUGGUGAUUUCAAGAACAGCAAUAAGAAAACAGCUGACAGUGAGGGCAAAUGCUCUGGAGUAUCAUUGUUGGCAAAGUCUCUUUUUGGAUCAUUGCCACAUCAGACAUCCCAGAAGGCCGUGGUUGGUCAGCUGCAGAAGAAUGAUUUUGUGAUGGAAAGUAGGAAUGACUUUCACAAAUGUGGAAGUUCCCAAGGAAAUUUCCUUGCUUUCCAUAGUGCUUGUAGUUCCUAUAGCCAUUCUCAUGUUAAUAUAGCUGCUUUCAAGUUCGAUGCUCCAUCUCCUGAUGACAUGGUUUCAACUAGAUUACAGUCCUCAAAACUUAAUACACAAGCUGCUUUCAAGUUCGAUGCUCCAUCUCCUGAUGACAUGGUUUCAACUAGAUUACAGUCCUCGAAACUUAAUACACAAGGUAAUGUAAAGCCUUCAACAGUAGCUGAAGAUGGCAAUGGUGCAGAAAGUGUACAUUCUACCAUGCAAAGGUCUGAAAUGUCAUCCAAGUCGAAAGGGAAGCGAGGUAAACAGAAUGCAAGCAAUUCAACAGACACAGCAGUCAAUGGAAAAUUAGAUUCCAAAUAUUCAGAUCGUCCUCCUGCAGAAACACUUCAUGGAAGUAGUGGUAGUAUAGAGGGACACAAUUCUUUAAAGAAGGGCAUCCUCAGUGGUCAACUUAGUGAUGAAGCUUCUGGUAGUUCUAACCCAUUGAAGAUUGAAGGAACACAAGGGAAUGCAGAUGAUGACUUCAGUGGUCAAAAGCAAACUGCCCCAGCCAGCAAUUUCGGGAAGAUGUCUUUGUCUGACAAACCCGGAAAUUCCAAUGCUCUUGAUUCCAGAAAACACAAGUCAACUGCAGAAUACCAUCCUGAUAAAUGGAUGCUUCCUGACAAGGCUAACGACACAUUAACUCAAUUGAACCUUGCAAUUGUUGGUCAUGUUGAUUCAGGAAAAUCAACAUUGUCAGGAAGACUGCUUCAUCUUUUGGGAAGAAUCACUAAGAAAGAAAUGCACAAAUAUGAAAAAGAUGCCAAGAUACAGGGAAAGAGUUCCUUUGCUUAUGCGUGGGCUUUAGAUGAGAGCCAUGAAGAGCGAGAAAGGGGAAUUACCAUGAACGUGGCAGUUGCAUAUUUUGAUUCCAAAAAGUAUCAUGUUGUCAUCCUCGAUUCUCCUGGUCAUAAAGAUUUUGUUCCAAACAUGAUAUCUGGUGCAACACAAGCGGAUGCUGCUAUUCUAGUGAUUGAUGCAUCUAAUGGUGCCUUCGAAGCUGGAUUCGAUGGUUCCAAAGGGCAAACGCGUGAGCAUGCUCUACUGAUUAGAAGCUUUGGUGUGGAACAACUUAUAGUUGCUGUCAACAAAAUGGAUGUUGUGGGGUACUCAAAGGAUCGUUUUGAUCUUAUAGUUACACAACUUGGUACAUUUUUUCGUUCUUGCGGCUUCAAGGAAUCAUGUAUUUUGUGGAUUCCUUUAAGCGCUAUAGAAAACCAAAAUCUAGUGGCUGCUCCUUCUGAUGCUCGUUUAUCGUCCUGGUACAGAGGACCUUAUUUGUUUGAUGCAAUUGAUUCUCUCCAACCUCCAGCAAGAGAUUUUGCCAAACCGCUGCUGAUGCCCAUAUGUGAUGUAACUAAAUCAUCUUCACAAGGCCAAGUGUCAGUCUGCGGUAAAUUAGUGGCUGGAGCACUUCGCAGUGGAUUGAAGGUGAUGGUGAUGCCAUCUGGAGAAGUGGGAACAAUAAAGUCCUUAGAGCGUGAUUCUCAAAGUUCUGCUGUUGCAAGAGCAGGAGACAAUGUAACUGUCAAUCUCCAAGGAAUCGAUCUGAGUAACAAUGUCAUGCCUGGAGGAGUUGUAUGCCACCCUGACUAUCCCGUCGCUGUUGCAAGGCAUUUGGAGCUGAAAGUGCGCGCCUUAGAAGAAUUAGCAGUCCCUAUUCUCAACGGCUCUCAGGUGGAGUUUCACAUACAUCAUGCACAAGAGGCAGGAAAAGUAGCCAAAAUACUAUCGAUACUGGAUCCAAAGUCGGGGAAGGAGACGAAGAGAUCACCCCGAUGCCUUCUCUCCAAGCAAAGCGCAGUGAUUGAGGUUGUUUUGAAUACUCCGGUCUGCGUGGAAGAAUACUCCAACUGCAGAGCCCUGGGGAGGGUGUCCCUUCGAGCCAUGGGUAGAACCAUUGCCAUUGGCAUUGUGACCCGGAUAAUCCAGUAG